AUGGAUACAGCUAUAAUUAAUUGGCUUCCUGUGAAAACUGCCUUGGUUGGAAUCAUAGCAUUUCUGUUGGUGAUGUCAUAUCUACAGCGGAAGCAGUACAAAAUGCCGCCAGGACCUCCUCAUCUGCCGAUACUGGGGCACUACUUUGCUUUCAGAAACGAUGGUCGACUGUACGCCGUCUUCAAUAAGCUCGGGAAGUCCUUUGAUGACAUUUUUACGGUUAAUUUAGGAUUUGGGCGCUCGUUAGUUGUUUUAAAAUCUGCGGAGAUUGUUCAUGAGGCCUUGGUUGAGAAGAAAGAGAUAUUUGCGGGGAGAGAUGAUGAGAGCUGGAAGUUUGAGCUUCUCACUGACGGGUUCAAAGAUUUAACUUUCGCCAGCUAUGGUCCAGUUUGGAGACUGCAGAGACAGAUGACUCUGAGGGCUCUCGGGAGCUACCUGGCGAGUGAUAAACUGGAAACAUACACGAGGUCUGCUUUUGAGGAAGUCGCCGCCUUGAUUGAAAAGGAGGCCGAGCCGUUUGAAUUAGACCUUUACAUCCGGUUACUUGUCUUUAACAUCGUCUGCAGGAUGUCGUUUGGAAAAAGGUGUAUAACUGUUGAAAUUAUAAGCUACGCAAUUGACGGUCUGGAAUUCACCUGGUUAAAGAACAAAAUUGGCGAAUUUAAUGAAAAGGUCUUGGGAGGACUAAUCCCCUCUGACGUCAUCCCUGUCUUGAAACAUUUUCCUAUCCCAUCAUCCCUCACGGCAAAGCGACUUUCGAAGGAACUGGAUGGCUUCUUCAAGGUUAAACUGGAAGAACACAAGGCAACUUUAAACACGGGUUCGUGUCCUGUUUAG